UCAGCAUGUAAAAACUGUGGUGUGAAAUUUCGUCUUCGGCAUUUUUCAUUAUGAAUCUUGAGCAAUUCUAUGAAGAACUGAGGAAACUAGAGACCACAGCACUAUGUGUGCAAACCGUAGAAUCGUCCAGGGAAUACUGCAAGCAAAUCUUGGAGAAACUAGAGGCAUUUGCUGAACGAGGGGUUGGCUAUAAGGAGCAUGCACAGGCUGUGUUACAAUGCAUCAAGUCCCUACUAAAGACAAGGAAGUACCUCAGUGGCCCACCGGAUAUCAUCCCUGAACUAUGCCACAACAUUGUCUUGCGUGUUGCUCGUGUGGCUCUGAACUGGGAAUGGCUGCGAUUGGCUGACCAAGAUGAACUAAAGAUGGCAUUCAGACAAAAUGUUAUGGCCGCAACUACACAGCUGCCAUCUGAUGAAGAGAAACAAGAGUUCCAAAAUGCUGUUAAGUUGCUGUCCAAUGAUCAUUGGAGAGAACCAACUUUGGAUAAGAUCCUGAAUGGGGAUGAAUCCCUCACUGAAAUGGAAGCUGUGAACUACAUUCGUAGACAGGAGCCGUAUGUCAUUCUGACACGUCUUGAGAUGUUAGCAGGAAGUGAAGAGACGGCACCUAUCGCUCUUAACAUGAGUCGCUGGUGCAUUCUGGAUGAACGUUUUAGUGAGGAUGUCUAUGUGAGAAAAAUGCUUCUUACACAGCUAUAUCUUCUCAACAGAGAACUCUUCCAUCAGGAGACAGUGAGACUGCCUUGUUGCUUGGCAAAUAAGGUUCUAUCUAGCCUUAUGCAGGAACAACCUAGGGACUUAGACCUAUGUAUACAUUGUGCUGGGACCUUUGUAGUUCAAGAUUGGCUUAAACCACAUACCUAUUGCUGUACAAGGGAACUUCUGGAAAAGUGGGUGAAGUUGCAUAUUGAAAAGGGAGCCCAGCUGAAUGAAGAUGAUUUGCAGGAAAACCUUGUGAAGUUGGUCAACCUAACACAAAACACCCUUCAACUUACAUAUCUCAUUGAUGUGUUGAAAACACAGGUUGGUGAAAGAAUGCUGGGAUACUGUAGCAUGCUGUGUCUACGUGCCCUGAACAUGGAUAUGGAUAUAAUGAACAAGGCAAAGGAGGCUCAGGCUCAAGAACGGUGGAAGAACUCUAGGUCUAAUGUUGCACAUGUGUGUCACGUCAUAUAUGACUUAUUCAAGCCCUACUCCAGGGAUAUAGCCAGAGAAGGUAUACUUGCCUGGUUCUCCUUGGACUCAACUCCAAGCAAUUACCAUGCUAUUGAGGACUACUAUCGCAAUGAACCAAUACGCAUGCUGGAAGAUUCAGGUGUGGAUUUAGGUGUCAUUCACAUUGAAUCUCUGAAAGUUAAAGUGAUUGGUUUGAUUAAUUCAGAAUUGGUUACAUGUAUUAAUGCUGAUUGGUCAGAUGUUCAGCCAAUCCUGAUAUCUCAUUUAGAAAGUUUAGGGUUUGUAUAUGACCAAAGUUCAAACGCAUUCUCAAUUCUUACUCCAAUACCUGAAAUUGGUUUAUCAACUGAAGGAUCACUUUCACCUAACAAAAUGGAACAAUCAGAGCCACUUGAUUGUUCCACCACCCUGAUAAAACCAACUAGCAUCCCUGGUGGCCUACCUAUGCACCCACCCUCACCCCCAGAGAUAAGCGAAGGAGCUAUUAAUGCAGCCACUGCUGCUUUUUUCCCUGUCAAGUCUCUAGGUGAUGUGAUAGCCAGUAUUGCCACUCCUCCAUGCAAAGAGACCCAGCAGUUGAGUGAAGGGACCUUAUUGAAUGCAGUACUCCUAGGUACAACACAGACCCUCCAGCAUGAUCUCGGUGUUAAUGCAACAGUUGCUCCCCCUGAGUCCCCACUUCUAAUGGCCUCUGACUCAUCUCCAACCAUUGAGAGUAAAGAUGUUUUAGAAAACCUAGAAGAUCAGAAAAAUCCCCAAGUUGUUUCACAGGAUCUUCCCCAAACUAUUUUAGAGGAAAAUCCAAAAGAGGAGAGACCCCGGGUUGUUUCAGAGGAGAAUCCCAAAGUUGUUUCAGAGGAGAGCCCCCAAUGUGUUUCAGAUGAGAAUCCCAAAGUUGUUUCAGAGGAGAGCCCCCAGGUUGUUUCAGAGGAGAAUCCCAAAGUUGUUAUAGAGGAGAGCCCCCAAGGUGUUUCAGAGGAGAACCCCAAAGUUGUUUCAGAGGAGAGCCCCCAGAUUGUUCCAGAGGAGAAUCCCAAAGUUGUUUCAGAGGAAAAUUCCCAAGCUGUUUCAGAGGAGAAUCCCAAAAUUGUGUCAGAGGAGAGCCCCCAAGUUACUUCAGAGGAAAUCCCCCAAGUUGUUUCAGGAGAGAAUCCCAAAAUUGUUUCAGAGGAUAACCCCCAAAUUAUUUCAGAAGAGAACCCUGAAGUAGUUUCAGGGGAGAAUGCCAAAGUUACUCCCCAGGAAAAUCCUCAAAUUUCAAAGGAAAAUGCCAAAGUUAUCACACAGGAGAAUCCUCCAAUUGUUUCACAGGAAAAUCCCCAAAUCAUUACUCAGGAGAAUCCCCAGUCUUCUUUAGAACCCUCAGAAGCACCAAAAAUUACAACAGAAAGUCCAUCAACACCACAAGAAGAUGUGUCCUUGUUAAAUGUAUCUGAAAUUGUACCUUCUGCAGAUCAAUCAACUGACGAGGAGCAUGCAAAAGCUACACCAAGUAAUGGGGAACCCUCAGAGAUAUCAGAACCAGAGGAAAUAGAAAUUGAAGAUAAAACUUCAAUAAUUUCAGCAACUGAAGAUAAAGCACCAGAAGGAGUAAAAGCUAGUGAAGAGGAAAAUACAACAGGAAGUCAAUCACCAAUGUCAGUUGAACUUGAAGAGACUCUUGUUGAAGAGGUUGAAGUUAACGAAACUGAACCUGUGCAAAAUAAAGACACCGACAUUAAUGAGCCUCGGGAUAAGGAAGAUACAACAACGCCUGAUACUAUUAAAGCCAAUGAGCCAAUUCCCAGUGAAAUUACUGAUGAGCAAAAAAAUAUUGAACAAUCCGCAACAGAAGACAGACAAUCUGCUGAUCAAGAAACUGAGAUUGUUAAUGUGAAGGACAUUGAAGAUAAUGAGAAAGAAACAGCUGGAGGAGAGAUAGACCAAGAGGAGGGUAUGGAAAUUGAUGUAGAAAAUGACAUUGAUCCAAAUCUCAAAGAAAGUGACCCCCCACAAACUAAUCCUAAUGAAAAUGAGGAUGUGGAACAAAGCUCUGCUGAUAUAAGUGAAGAAUAUGUUGCCAACACGGAAAUGCAAGGUGCUGAGAAAGAAAGUAACCCACUAGAAGAAACAGUAGCUGAACAAAUAAUAGUUGCUGAUACUCUUGAAGUGCAAAUUACUGAUACAGCUGAUGAACCACCAGUUGAACUUGAAAGAAUAAUAAAUACUGGAGAAGUGGGGAAAGACCUGAAUCCUAUAGAAGAUGCCAAUUUAACUGAAACUGACAUACCAAAUGUAAAUGAUAAUCCUGAAGUUGAACCAGAGCCAAACCAAAUCCCAACAGAACGAACAGAGUGCCAAGAUGAAGAAGAAUCAAUAACAAUUGAACCCUCCACAGAGGACAUUGUUGAGGAACAGGUGAUUGAGGAUAAGAAGAAACCUACACCUGACAAGUCUGAAAUUCCAGUUGAGAUUGUAGAAGCUACAAAUAAAGAUGAAACUGCUGUGAUUGAUAAUGGCGAAAUUGAGGGAAUAUCCAAUGAGACAGAAGCUGAUAUACCUGCCCUAGAAGGUGAAGGUGAAAAGGAUCCAAUUGAAAGCACACCGAAUGAGGAACCUCCAGGUAUUAUAGAUCAGCAAAUAAUUACAUAUGACAUCAAAGACUAUGAUCCUUCGAGUGAACAAGUUAUUAUCUUCCAAGAGGCAACAGAGACAAAUGAAUUUAGUGAAUCUGCACAGAAAGUCUCUGUAGAUGACGAAGAGCAAAAUGUUACUGAAAGAGGUUACAUCACAGUUGAACUUGACGAAGGAGAGAGCUGUGAUGAUGAAAUUGAUGAUGACGAAGAUGAUAAUGAGAAACAAGAUGCACCUGUCGUAGUUGGAAGAGAGGAGGAGCCACCCCCACCAUUGUUGGAAGAAGAGUGUGGAAGUGCAGGAGAAUCUGGCUCAGAUGAAAUGCCCAUCUUGUCUCCAUCAAUUGAAAAACUUGACAAAGAUGAAAUUGAUGAAACAGAAAGAUCCUUAGCCGAAGCUGAUGCAAUACUGUACAAGGCUCAACGGGUUCUCAGCCAGAAACCAAAGACUCGAAAGACGAAAAAACCUUUGAAAGACCAACCAAAAUCAUAUCGAAAAAUCAUGGCAAAAGAAAAGGAAGAUACAGACUCUGAACCAACAGUGAGUGAAAAGGAGGUGAAGAAAUUGCCACCAAAACCAAAAGAACCCCAAGAAGAUCAAUUAAUCAAAUGGGAACAGGAGAAGGAUGUUAAAAGUGUUAACCUCGAAGGUGGACAAAAGAUGCUGGUUGUACCUGCUAAUCAUCCUAUCUUGAAGAAUGCAGAUUUGGGUGGUGUGUUUGUACCUGGCUCUGUCCAAACAGUUGCCACUGAUCUAAAAAAUGCAGUGAAGUUCCAAAGUGGGCCCAAGUUUUUCAAGUCAAAAUAUUAUAGUGUUGGAGGUACUGGUCGGUCUAUGGACUCGGACACUUAUAAAUGUGAAACAUGUGGUAAAUAUAUUCUCAAGUCAAACAAGAAAAAACAUGACGAACAAAAAUGCAGCAAGAAUGCGACCAAUACAAAACCACAGUCUGAACAUCAAAAAUUAGCAUAUCCUGUCAAAAAUGCUGAACCUCAAUCUUUUGAUAUAUCAGAAGAGCAAGAUGAUGCUCAAAGCAAUGCUAGCAAAGAUGAAACACCAAAGCCUGAAGCACAAGCUCCAACUGUUGAAAAUGAAACUAAUGCUGAAGGUUUUGUUGUGAUUAACACUCCAGCUGGGUCUAACUCCAACACUCCUAGUGUUGAGAACCAGAAUCAGUUCACACCUAUUGAUAACUCAGAAGAGUGUGCCAUGCAGGAGCAACAGCAACAGCCUAUGGGAGGGGGAUACAUUACAGCUGAUGGGCAAGAGUUUUAUACAGCUGAUAUGCAACAUCAGUAUAUUGUCUCAGAAGAGUGUGCUCCCCAACCUCAGCAGGAGCAACAACCUGAAUCUGGCUCCUUCAGCUUUCUACAAACAUCAAUAGACCUUGUGAACUUUAAUGAAAAUGUCGCUUUUGAUAAUAGACCCUUGGUUGAUAUCCAAAAGCCAACCCAAGAGUCCCCAGAAAAGAAACCAGCCACUGUUGUUAAAUCUGAGGCAACCAAAGAAACGGUAGAAGAGGUAGAACCUGAAACUACGGAACCUGAAACUGAAACUCCUUCAGCAAAGAAAAAGGGAAAAGACAACAGGUGUGUGGUAUGUUCCAAGAGAUUCAUCACACGUCCAGACUUAGUUGAACAUUUAAAAACUCAUCAGUCAAAGUUUAUGAAGUUCCGAAAUCCUCCUGAGCCUAUUAAAGUUGUUGAUGAUGAUAUUGAGGAACCAGCUACUGCUGAGGUUAGCGAAUCAGAAAUUGAGGAAACAAAGACUGAAAGCAGCAAACAGUAUAUAACCUUAGAGGUCCAGAAGAAGGAACCCCAUAUUGUAGAUGCUAAAAUGAUAUCACUUGAGGAUUUUAAGAAUGAUAAUAACAUUAAUGAUGAGGAGGGGGAGGAAGAGGAGACCAAAGAGGGCUUUGAGCCUUUCAAGAGUAAGCUUGAACCAGAUACUGAUGAGACUGUUAAACAACUACAAGAGAGGAAAGUCAAUGAAGAUAAAAUCCGAGAGAAAUAUUUCAAUGACAUAUACAGCAAACAAGCUGUUGAGCUUGGCGCAACUAUUAUAAAGCGUAGUAGGUCUUACCUGCAGUGUCCUGAAUGUCCAGCCACCUUUCCAAGUAAGAAAUGUCUGACCAAACACAUCCAGUGUGCCCACAAGAACACGAACUCGGGGGAUAUCAAGAUACCUAAAUUCACCAGUGAGAUGAUAGAUGAGAUUUUGGAAAAGGUCCCUGUGACCCAACUUGUAUGUCCCAUAUGUUCUUUGGGGUACUCUACGCAUGAAGGAAUGAAGAAACAUGUGCUUUCUCACAAGCCCAAGCCAACAUACUAUCCUGGUCGUUGCCCUGUAUGCCUUAGUGCCUUUCCAAGUCUCAUUGGUCUCAAAGCUCACAUGCGAAGUCACCCUAAUUUCAAAUUUUGCGCAACUGAAAAAGAUAUUCUUCCACUAACUGCACUAGAGCCAUCUAUGCCAUCUCAAGAGCAGCUAACAUCUAAAUCAAAGGGAGCAAUUAUACACGAUUCAAUUAAAACACUUACCCCCUCUUCACAAACUUGUCCUGAGUGUAACCUAAUGUUCAAAAAUAGACGUGGGGUAAAGAUUCAUCUUCGUCACCAACAUCCGGAGGUGUACAAUAGACUUGAUCUUGAAGGUUGUCCGGAACUAGACAUGUCCCCUCUACAAAUCGCUGCUAACUCAGUGCAACAAGCAACCAGUUAUUCAACAUUUAGAAAAACCAUCAUGGAACAAAAACAGAAAAAGAAAAUCAAAACAGUUGUCCUUGGAAACCAAAAAUUACAAGUAACGAACCCGGAAACAUAUGGUGAUAAGGGAUUCACUAGUAUGGCAUUACCUACAAAAGUUCAAAGCAAUGAAAAUGUGCAAGCAGCAAAGUCUGAGUCUGAGGAUUCAUAUUUACCAGAGGAAUCCAUUGAAGAAACUCCAGUAGCAAAACAAACACCCAUGACCAAGCAAACACCUGGAGCAAAAGACCCCUCGAAUAAUGUGCAAUCCAAAACUAAAAGAAAGAGGGCAGCACCUGUAGAUGUAGUUAAUAUCAAGUCUAAUGGCUCUGUAGGGAAAACUGAGUCACAAAAUAUGAGACCAACCUCAGAAGAACCAGUCAUCAAGAAGAAAAGAGGUCCAGUUUAUAGAGAACAAGAAUGGGACCCACAGAAAUUGAUGCAGAAAAUAGAAAAACCAAAAGCAGCUGUUGCAAAGAGAGGUCCACGUGUGACAAGGAAACGAUCCCAUUCCCCAGCAGAUGAGUCUGAACAAAAUGAUCAAACAAUAACAAUCAGGAUCAUCUCUCCAGCUAAGAACCGUGCUAAUAAAAGACGGCAAGCAAAACAGAAGAAAAAUGCUGUUAAAGCUGAACCCCCAGAGUUAGUGAUGGAUAUGGAUGAGCCUGGGAGUGAAGCUCGCGAAGAGCCAUCUGUAGAUCCUUCCCUCAAAGCUGAUGCAGCGGGAAGGUCAACCAUCAUAGCUCUCAUGGAGGAAACCACACAAGAGAAAAAAUACCAAAUGAGUGAGUUGUUUUCCACGUCUGCAUCUGGGAUGCAUCUUAAAAGUGGCCCCAAGACUGAACAGGAAGUCAAGGAUGUCGUCAUGCAGACAGAAGUGUGUGAUGACCCAAAUAAGUUCAGCUGUAAUAUUUGUGGUGCCAUCAUGUUAAAAAAAUUAUGGACUUUACAUCAUUUUAUGCACGUCCCAAAAUCCCGUGUAACAGCUAUUAAAACCAAAGCGGGGUUAUAUUUCCGAUGCAUCCAAUGUAAGGAGGUGUUUACCCAUAAAGCCCCUGUGUUUUACCAUUUCUACAAAGAGCAUAAAGAUCUGAUGAUUAAAUCUGAGCAUAAUCCAUCAGCAAUAGAGUGUCAUUUCUGUGGGACAACUUGUCGUAACUUGGAGGCUCUACAUGAGCAUUUGAUGAAUCACAUUCUUACUACAGACAUAGAGUUCUUGCAAAGUGGGGAGCUAAAGUGUCUUUGCUGCAAGAAAAAACUGCAGAAAGAGGAAUAUUUUGUUUGGCAUUUCCUCUCAAAGCAUGCUGAUCGUUUAGUUAGUGAAAUGGAGUAG